ACUUUCGAUGCAUACUUGAAAAGAACAAGAUUUGAAGACGAGCCUUUCAGAAGCAGACGAUAUUGCAAGUGGAAGGUCAUUGCAGAUAAUACAGGGCAAAGAUGGCUUGCUCGCUUGAUUUUCUUGCUGGAUGUUUGGGAGGAUGUGCCGGUAUUAUGGUGGGAUAUCCUUUGGAUACGGUUAAGGUUCACAUGCAGACUCAGGAUUGUCGUAAUCCAAAAUAUCGAGGCACCUGGGAUUGUUUGCGUACCAUAUUCGCGAAAGAAUCGGUGAGUGGCCUUUAUAAAGGAAUGUCUUCGCCAAUCGCAGGAGUGGCUGUGGUGAAUGCCAUCGUCUUCGGCGUUUAUGGAUAUACUCAGCGGAACCUGUCCGAACCUGAUCGAUUGUCAUCGUAUUUUCUGGCUGGUGCAUCUGCUGGGCUUGCUCAAACUCCUGUCGCAAGUCCAAUAGAAUUAGCAAAAACACGUCUGCAAUUGCAGUCCACGGGCCAAGGUAACUUUCAAGGACCGAUGCAGUGCUUGAGGAAGAUCUAUAGGCAGGAAGGUUAUCGUGGCGUCUCUAAGGGUCUAGGUAUUACAUUCCUCAGGGAAGGACCGAGUUACGGCGUAUACUUCGUGACCUACGAGAUGUUGACCAAGACGUCUUCGAAGCAACCGAUUUCGACACUUCAUAUGCUGUUGGCCGGGGGAUUUGCUGGUGUAGCUUCUUGGGUGAUUUCUUACCCUAUUGAUGUCAUCAAGUCGCGCAUACAAGCGGAAAGUGGCAAUCGUUACUCGGGGGUUUUGGAUUGUCUCAAGAAAUCUAUACGCGCCGAAGGAUACAGUUGCUUGUACCGGGGCUUAAAUUCGACGAUCCUUCGAGCAUUUCCAACGAACGCGGCGACUUUCGCUGUAGUCACAUGGACGUUCCGAUUAUUUGGUGAGAAACCGAAUGAAGCACCGAAGGUGGAAAAUAUCGCGUUGAGGACGUCGAUGCAGACAAAAAAUCGUACGGCGAAAGGAUACGAAUCCUUCGCCAAUAAGUGGAACGUGUUAUUCGACGGUAUUUCAAGGGGUAACGGUUUUGUUACCCCGUCAUACUCCGUCAGAUUCAUGUUGCCGAUCAGCAGGCUAAUGCCAGAUAGCAGCGCCUGCCUGGUUCAUGACUGUAAACGAUCGGGUUGCAAGCACGACGCAUUGAAGCAGGAGAAUACAUCCGAGGAUGGAGAAGAGAGAAAAAGAAAGUCAAGAAACGAUGAAGGUCGAGUAGAGGAGGACGAACAUGUUGAUGAAAAGAAGGAUUGUAACAACGUUAAGAUGGCUAUAAACAUGUGUACUUGUAAUCUCCAACGCGUACUUGGUGUCUCAAACCUGGAUAAUACUUGACGUCAUUGCAGCGACGAAGUCUUUGAGCACAUGAUGUAUAUUGUUAGUGCAAUAUAGUGUAAGAAAAGGAAUUCAAUAUCCAUUUAGAAAGAUUUUUUUUUAAUAAUUAAUUUAAUUAAUGACGAAUAUAUAUAUAUACAUAUGUAUAUCACAAGCAAUGCAAGCAUCCACAAAAUGGAUGAAUAAUUUAGCUGAGGAAUGUUCUUACGUUAAGAGAUGUGAAGUUGGAUUUGAAUUAAAGUUGCAAACCAUGCAAACUCAUUAUAGGAAAACUAACUAUAUAUAUUUAAUUCAACAAUCGAAGUAAUUGAGUAAGCAAAGAAAUAACUAUAAAAUUUUUAAUGUGUAUGUUAUAUAUUUGAUUUCUAUAGGGCAGAUUUUAUCAGUAGAUUCUUUAUAAUAAGAUUUAUAAUAUAUUUAUAUAUUUAUGGAAA